AUGUGUAAGCACCCCCCCAAAACAGUGGACGGUCAAGAAGAGAAUUCUCUGCGAAGACUACAAUUCGUUUGCAAUUGCGAUGAACCGGAGAACAACCCAUGGCUAACUUUUUGUCGCACAGCUCUCGUCAGUGGGGAGAAGUCGAACUUCCAGUUCAUCCUUCGUCUUCUCAACACCAACGUCGAUGGCAAGCAGAAAAUCAUGUACGCCUUGACCCGAAUCAAGGGUGUCGGUCGUCGCUAUUCCAACUUGGUCUGCAAGAAAGCCGAUGUGGACUUGAACAAGCGUGCCGGUGAAAUUACAUCCGAAGAACUCGAACGAAUUGUCACCAUCAUCCAAAACCCGACCCAAUACAAAAUCCCAGAAUGGUUCCUGAACAGACAACGCGACAUCGUCGACGGUAAGAACACUCAAGUUUUGGCAAAUGGUAUGGAAAGCAAAUUGCGUGAGGAUUUGGAGCGUCUGAAGAAGAUCCGCGCUCAUCGGGGUCUGCGACACUACUGGGGCUUGCGUGUCCGAGGUCAACACUCCAAGACCACGGGCCGAAGAGGUCGUACCGUCGGCGUCAGCAAGAAGAAGGGCUAA